UCUCCCCUAUCUUAUCUCCUCCCCGCUGGCCCCUCACCUGUGGCUACCAGCUAGCUACGAUCGGCAUCAACCUCGCGUCUCUCCCCUGCUUCAAAACCUCCAUUCUUGUUCCUUUCCCUUGUCCUUCGACCAUACCCGACCCCAGUAGCACCACUGCCGACUGCCGAGCUCGAGCUCCAGCCACAAUGAACAUCUUGAACCAGCCCGGCGCCCACCCGGCGUUCCCGGCCGCCAAGGACACCGGCGCCUUCCAGCUCAUGCCGGCCUCCCUCCGCUUCGACGGCCCGAGCACCACCCACACCCACCGCUCGCAGCGGUGGCAGGCGCAAACCCUGCGCCGGUCCAGCAGCUACGUCGGCUCCCCCGGCGCCGACGAGGCCGCCGCCAAGAGCUCCGUGCCAGCUGCCUCCGCCAACCAGCAGGCGGCCCUGGCGGCGCCGUUCCAGCCGGUCACGCUCAACUUCCUGCGCUCGCUGCUCGACAAGGGCAGCAUGACCGCCAUCGCCACGGACGAGGACGGCGGCAAGGGCGCCUCCGAGGCGCCCCCGCCCCCGCCGCUGUGCGCGCUGCGCGUGGUGGUGUCCUCCGCCGUCGCGCUCGACGCGCGCCAGACGGAGCUCAUCGCGCGCAAGAUGCGCCGCAUCACCGGCUUCGUCCACCUCCUCGUCGAGAACGUGGUGGACCCCUCCCUCAUCGCCGGGUUCGUCAUCUCCUACGGCCUCGACGACUCCCACGCCAUCGACCUCAGCGUCAGGGCCAGGCUCGCCGCGCUCAAGAACCGCGUCGACUCCUUCGACCACCACCAUGACGACCGGCUCCACCCGCGGCCUCACACGCCGUUCCACUGA